UAUAGAUAUAUAAGGAGGCCCAAAACCUAGGGUUUAGCCUCACAAGCAUACACAGAUAUACGAUCAUGGCAGAGAAGACAGUCUCUGAACUCGCCGAAACCAACUCGGAAACCGCCGCCGCUGCCGAGGACAUGGAACUAGAAGCCUCAGAGCCCGCCCCGGCCGAAAAACCCGAUGAGGGCACUGACGGCGAGGCUGAGGCGAACGCGAAACGGCUCAGGGAUGAGGAGGGGAGUGAAGGAAACGACGCCGUGGCGAAGAAGACGAAGGUGGAAAAGUCGCCGGAAGAGGAGCGGUUGGAGAAGUUGGGGGAAGGAAAAGAGUCGGGUCGGGUCAGCCUGGGCCCGAAGAGUUUCGGGUCGUCGGUGGAGAUGUUUGACUACUUCUACAGGUUGCUUCAUUAUUGGCCGACUGAUCUCAGUGUUAAUAAGUAUGAACAUCUGGUUUUGCUGGACUUGCUUAAGAAGGGUCAUGCAGAGCCUGAUAAGAAGAUUGGUGGAGGGGUCCAGGCUUUCCAAGUUCGAACCCAUCCAUUGUAUAAAAGCAGGUGCUUCUUCCUCAUUAGGGAAGAUGAAGCUGUUGAUGAUUUUAGUUUCAGGAAGUGUGUGGAUCAGAUACUUCCCUUGCCAGAGAACAUGAAAGCACACUCCGACGCCAAUAAAGCCUUAGGUGGGAAAGGUGGCCGGGGUGGCGGCGGUGGAAGAGGAGGUUGGCGUGGCCGUGGAAGGGGUAAGCCGAGAAACUGAAUUGUAGUCUCCAGGUUUUCCUUUGCUGGAGUUUGAGUUUCAGCAUAGGGUCAAAGAAGAAAAGUUAUGGACCUUGCUUUAUAUUCCUUCUAUUUUAUUGAGAUAAAACAGUUGUAUUAUCCAAAUUUGAUUGAUAAGGGUUUCUUCUGGUUUUUUCCAUUGCGUUUUAUGUACUUGUGCAUAAGUAAGAAUUCGUUUCAUUCUAAUGCAUAUUUAAGGAACAUUA